AUGGACACGAUAACGAAGGAAAUCCAGAAGCAGCACCCGUGGACUCUACUCUUUGCCGAAGAUGUCAUGCUCGCGUCGGAGUCUCGAGAUGAUCUUCAGAAACAAGUACAGUCUUGGAAGGAUCAGCUGCAGCAAUAUGGAUUGCGCCUCAACACAUCAAAAAUUGAGUGCAUGGAGUGCGGACCAAGGAUAGAGGAUGGCGACAUUGAUCAAGAAGGUCGAGCACGUGUUAAUGCUGCAUGGAUGAAAUGGAACAUGGCAACAGGGGUACUGUGCGACAAGAAAGUCCCUGUUCGACUGAAGUCGAAGAUCUAUAAGACGGUUGUGCGUCCUGUUGCCCUUUACGGAUGCGAGUGCUGGCCGACGACGAAAACCUUGGAAAGAGUGCUGCCACGUUAUGGAGAUGCGGAUGUUGAGAGUUGCAAAAGCAAAGUCUGCACCCCGGGUUGUGGAUGCAUCCCUGGAUGGCAUCGCAAAAACCAAAAAGGUCAAUUCUCCGGCACUUGCGUUAGGCCGACAUGGUGCGAUCCUUUGACGGUGACGAAGACAGUCGUGAAAUAUGUGACCCAACCAACACCUCCUGCUUAUCCUCCAAGUAAUCCAUGUUCUACAACCGUUUGCGCCUACGGAACAACAUGUGAAAGUCAGAAUGGAAGAGCUGUUUGCACUGUGCCUUCUCAACCGGCGACACCAACCCCCACAGCUUACACUCUUGCGUCUUCUCCGUCAUACUCCUCUGCUAACACCGCACCAUCAACACCAUCAUACCCCUCCACUGGUGCCACAUUUGCCACAGUUACUUAUGCACCCCAGCAAGAUACUGGCUCUAGCAAGGAACGUUCUAAGAUCCCUGUAAACCAGAACUUGCCCGGAGGCUCAGGUUGCGGUCCUCUUCCGCCUAUCCAACAAGAUGCUCCGAGGAAAGGGCCUUUGAAGUGUCCAAAAAAUGAAUUCCUCACUCAGUGCGGUGGAUGCGAGGACAUUUGUUCACCUGGGAACUCUCCGAAACCAGUUCAUAUAUGUACUAAACCGAAACCAUGCGUGCGUCAAUGUAAGUGUAAUGCCGGAUUCGCGCGGAUCAACUCUGUAUGCACCCCACAAAAUCUGUGCCAAACAACGUACCGACCAAAGCUGACAGUGAAAACGGUAGUUAUCACGAAAACUCAGCCGGGUACUCCUCCGCAAGUUGAUCCGUGCUCGUACGUGAGCUGUUCGGCUGGAACAGUGUGUCAAGCACAAGGUCAACAAGGUGUGUGUGUAUCGUCGAGUGGGGGUGGAAACUAUGGGUCUUCGACACCCGCCUACUCUACUGGAAGUCCGAGUAACGCCCCUCAAAGUGAUGCUCCACGUCGUACCGCUUGUUACAAACGUUGUGCACCGUCGCAGAGAUGCGAACUCAAGAAUGACGACAACAGCUGUUACAAUCCACCUUGUCCAAGUACAGAGACUUGUGUUCCGUAUUAG